CUUAAACCGAAAGGAGCACCCGGCAAGGGACACCUCAACGCAGCUGGCAAUUGCCCUCGAUCCGCUCGGCCACCAUGCCAUAAUCAACUCUGUGGAUCUCUAAUCCUAUAUUCGGCCGGCUCUGUCUCCUUCCCCCCGUCUCUCCGUUACGGCAUGGAGGGCGCCGUGUCUGGCUGCAGCUCUGGGGUUGAGUAGCGUCGCGGUGGUCUGGUUUAAGACAGAGAUCCAUAAGAGGUUCACUAUAUACGCUCACCAUGUCGAGCGGUGACAUUUUCAGCGGUAGUGCAGGAUUUAACGCGCCGUUCCUCGGUGUACUUAUCGCAGCCGGUGCCCUAUCGGUGUUCUCUCUACUAUAUUUCAACAGAGUCUUUGCGUCGGUGGUCUCGUGGGGAAUAAGGACUUACACCUGGCACCGCUACCGAGUCUACAUCGACAUCCAGGCCCUCCAAAUAUCCUUGUUGGCUGGUCGCAUCUUCUUCACCGGUCUUCGAUAUUACGGAAACAAUGAGACUAUCCUGGUACAGAACGGCCACAUUACUUGGGCCUACUGGCUACGCAGAGUUCGAGAUGUAAACGUGGGAAAGGGAGAGGGAAUUGAAGGGCCGAGUAAUGGGGGCAGCGAUCUCGCCCCAAAGCUUCCAUGCCGCAUCAAAGUGUCCCUACUGGGUCUCGAAUGGUUCAUAUAUAACCGCAGCCCUGCAUACGACUCGAUCCUGUCGGGAAUUGUUGAUCCAGCGGAGGUCAGCAGAGAGACGGAUCCGGCAAUGAGAGAUCCAGGAAGACCGCCCACUCCUCCUCCCCCAGCUCAAGUGCGAAUAAGACAGCGACGGCAGCGGCAGCAUGGUGCGUCCGACAGCCCGCCAUCCGCUCGCUUUCAUGCAGUAACCGAGAGAUCAGACAAUGCCCCAGACGAGCCCGUCAGUGGCUCGGCGGAGAGCCGCCCCGCCACUCUGCUGUCGUCAGCGUCCGAAAACAACGGAGGCCAGGACGGUCACCACCCCGGAGAAGAUCCCGAGUUACCGCUCUUUCUACAACUCCUUCCAGUACAUUUGGAAUGUGAGCGGGCCGCACUGGUGAUGGGCAACGAAAACACAAAGGCAGUCUUGAUUGUCAAAGCAGACACGUUGUCGGGCGAGAUUGAUGCCUCUAGAACGGACAGGCCUGAUCCGUUCCGCCAGUAUUUCCGCUUUGACUUUAAGCACCCGGUGAUUGAGAUGAGGGAGAACUUGGACUUUAAAGAGGAGCAAGCCGACCGCGCAGCCCGUGACAAGCAGACAGCCCAAGUACCGCUCUCGCCUUCCCGCCGGUCCUUCCUCCACUGGCAAAGACGCAGGUUGCGGGAAGGGCUCAGACGCUUGGUCCCAUUCUGGAACAAGUCCGUCGAAUCGUUAUCUCCCUCCAGCAGGGGGAUUGGAACUGGAGCAACUCAGGUUCCUGGAUCCGCUGGUCAGUGGCAGGGCCUCUCCCGAUACUUGUCAGACGACGUUGAAGACCAGAAGUCUCGGUGGGCGUCUUCAGAGUAUGCUGCCGUGCCGACAUUGCUAGACAGUCCUGAAGCUUCGCUGACUAUAUUCUGGGAUGUGGCCGGAAAGGUCGGGGAUGUAUCCAAGUCGGAGAAGACCACUCCGCAGCAGAGUGACAACAUCAACGGCGCCGAGCCCCCUGCAUGGGCUAUCCACUUGGCUCUUAAGGGCGGCUCCAUCAAUUACGGGCCUUGGGCUGACAGGAAUCGGGCUGACCUUCAACGGACAUUUGUACCAAACCUCUGCAAGGAUGCAGUUCCCGCGCACCGUCUUCCCCCAGGAGCGUAUCGGGUGCCGACUCAGUUCAAUCUCUACGUCGAGCUUCAAGACACUACCAACAUACGCAUCCCCGUCAGAGAGGAAUCGAAGAACUGGAGAUGGAAAGGGAAAGAGCCCCUUCAAAACAAAAUACCUGCUAGUGAUGCUCGCAAAUCGCGCAAUCCAUCUAAGAAAUCAGACCAGCCGUCUCAUGUGCACCAGCGUCCCUACGGGUGGCUCGAUAUCAGGGUCGCUGCGAAUUCGACCGUGUCGUAUUCCAUGGACAUCACGGCCGGCGCUUCGGGAUACAACAAUACACUUCAUCUGGACCUGCCAACUACGGAGAUAUCGAGCAGUAUCAAUCAUGAGCUGCUGUGGAAGUCCGGGCGGCAACACAUCUCGUGUGAUCUUUCAACGCCGUUACGCUGGAACGCCCUUCGGCAAUGGCAUUUUAACAUCACUAGUGAUGACCUGGAGCUCUACCUUCUGCGAGACCAUGUCUUUCUCCUAAUAGACCUAGUAGACGACUGGUCAGCCGGACCACCUGCUGACUACUUGGUCUUCACCCCUUUCAGAUAUCACCUUAAUCUUCAGCUUCAGAACAGCCGGCUCUUUUUCAAUCUCAAUGAUGCGAACAUCGUGAACAACCCGGCCGACCAUGAAGACAAUGUGUACCUCGUCAUUUCGAGCCCGCUGCUACUGGUUAAUACAUGUAUACCGAUCGACAAUUACAGACCCCGAAGAAACGCCAUUCCAUUUGACAUCCGCGCAGACACCGCGUCGGUCGACCUUCAUGUGCCACCGUGGAACACGCAAGCGGCCUUUCUCACUUCCAAGGAGGUCGGGCGACUGGAAAACUUGGGCGUCGACGGUACAUAUCAUUACAAUGCGACUACGUCGUCAUCGAACACCGACACCCUAGUCCUCAACGUCACCGGACAAUCACCAGUUGCACAUCUUCAUGGCUUCGCCAUACGCUAUUUUCUCAAGCUCAAAGACAAUUACUUUGGCGAUGACAUUCAUUUCAAAACUCUCGAGGAGUAUCAAGAUGCACUGCGCUUGAAAGAGAGCGAUCCUACUGCUGAGCUUGCAAACAAGCCGCCACCUAAGAAAUCGAACGAUUUAGAUGUGAUUCUCAGCAUCAGGACCGACGAUCCGAGAGUCCUACUUCCCGGUAACCUCUAUUCCUCCCAGCGUCACAUACAAAUUGACACCGCGAGCCUGUCGCUCGAUUUGCGUUUCACCAAUUAUUAUAUGGAUAUGGACCUAGUUGUGGCCCCCCUAACCCUCUCCCUGGGCAGCACCGACUCGGGAUCGGAAACACCGAUGAGCUCAACGUCAAGCACGCAGAUUUUUUUGGAUGGUCUCAACAUCCACGGACAUAGACUGUUCGGUCUCCCCCCAACGGAGCCAACCUACAUGUGCAACUGGGACAUCUCGGUGGGAACACUCACUGGCGAGUGCGCUACAGACUUCUUUCUAACCCUCACAAAUGCAGUGAAGGCGUUUGUCUUCACCUUCGAUGACGACGAAAAUGCGCUAAUUCCUCUCUCGUCGAUCGUGGUGCACGAUGUCACCUUCCUUCGAGUUUUGCUGCGUUCGGUCCGCCUUUGGUUGCAUGUUGAGGACGCAGCGUUCCUUCUCUCGACGGGGACAAUCGAUAUCAGCUACAACGACUGGGCAAGGUCGCAUUACUCUAAGAGAGCAGACGUCAAAGUCCCGGACAUCAAGCUGUACUGUGUAAACGCCGAGUCGGCCACAAGGCACAGAGCUCGUGCCCAUUUUCCGGUUGAGUCGGACGCUCUUGUAGCGACAAGUGUACACUUGGCAAUUGUCAUGAGGAAGGCCGAUUUCUCCAAACACAGGAAAUUGCAACAAGAGCUUAUUCAACAGCACGACCUACGCACACACAGAACGCCUUUCCUCCUUCUCCCCGAGAUUGUUGAAGAUAUUACUGGUCCGGUGGAUCCCCCUGCGCAAAGUGUUCCCCCGGUCCCUAUGCCGGCCAAACCGGAGGAGCACGGAGAUGACGGCGUAUCUUUGAACUCCAAAGGCACCCCAAGGCGGCGUCAAACCCUACAGCACAAAUCUUCCUUCUUGUCCCUGGCCAGCUCUGGCCAGAGCAGUGUGCUUAAACCCUUCGCCUUCGAUCGGUCAAGCGGAAAAGAGAAAAUUGCUCAUCGUCCACAUCGCCACUCCCCAGUAAAUUCCCGAAACGGGGACAAAGAGAGCUUGUUUCCGCAAACGCGGGAGCUCUCUCCAUCGACCCGCCAUUCUGCUUUCUACAGCAUGCCUGGCGACCACGAGGAUCUUGCCCACAAUACGGUUGCUUUCUCUAGUCAGUAUUUUGCACCAUAUUUUCCCCUCGAAAAUGUGAGACCAAGUCAUCAGGAUGCGAUGAUGCAAAGUAUCGAGCAGGAUGGAGAGGGCUUAGCCGAUGUGAAACAUGCCAGCUUCGACUUGGAAGACGUUGACCCCAGUCUUCUGAGCGAGGAUUGUGCGUACUCAAGCGUCCUGAUUGAGCUCCCGACAGGUCUCACAACAUUCUGUAACCCUUCCUCGUUGAAAUAUGUCGCAGCUCUGCUUGGCGCCCUGCAGUCCACCGACCCCGAGAACGUCUUAGAUUCGCUCCAAAUCAGCGCUAUGACUGAAAUCUUUGAUAUGCAGAAGGACCAGCAGAUGAAGGGCCGUAUCAACGACUUGCUCAUCAAACUCCCGCUGGUCGGUCUUCGCCUGGUCAACUCAUCGGAUCCGGAUUCCUUGGAUCAGCGGUCAGACGAACAAGAUCAGUAUGACGUGACGCUGAGCAGGCUUGCCUUUGCUUCCCGCACCCGGACCACUUGGCAAGACGCCUUCGAACCGAAGUCCAAGCAAGUCCGCCAUUCAUUACACGUGAAGCUUGACUCAAUAGAAGUAGCAGUGGCGGAGAGGUUCCGCGAUAUUGGCAAUUAUCAAGCAGCUGCUCUAGGUCGCAUUGAGAAUGUGAUCGCUUCAAUGGGGACGAACGACAUCACAUACCUAGAUGUCGAAAUCGGCAGCAUUCAGGGCAGCACAUCCUCUGACAAAGUGGACUACCUGGCGGCCCUGGUUCAGCGUGCAAGUGGCUUAGGAUCUGAUAUCGGCAUAAUCUUCUCUGAGGUGUCAUCACAAGAGAAGAUUUCUGUCCGAAACUUAGUACACCGUCUCGGCACGGCUUUUCAUGACACCCCAGAUCCAUCGUUCAUGAUACGUCCCUCCUCGGUACUUCGCUCUGCUCCUCAACACUUGCGAACAUUCGACUCGUGGAAGUUGAUCAUGCGUCUCCGCCAAAUAUGGACGAUUCUGGCAUCAAAUGGAGAGCAAGCCAAGCUUGACUGUCUCAGCCAAUCUCCAAUUUCUCCGGCGGAUGCGAGAAAAGAAGUCAUCUCGGCCUUCGAAAAAUGGCGAAGCUGGGAUUUAGAGAAUCUCGAGGAAAAUGUAUUUCUGAAUAUGGUUUUCAGGCCGGCGGAGGGCCUCCCAACAAACCCGACGCCUCGGGAUAAAGCGACCCACGCGGUUGUUAGGAUUAAGCAGCUUCAGCUCGCGCUCAACCCGGGACCCAAGCAAAAUGCUGUCACUCUCGUGGAUCUCACUGCAAGGUUACAGAGUGUGCACAACGGACCAACUACUCAGGGCGAAAUUCCAUCAAGGACUGCCAGUCCCUCGAUAAUCCUGAAUAUAUGCUGUGGCGAUGCUGUCAUCAGUCUGAAUUGGGAGCUCUGCGAACUGGCAAGCAAUAUUCUGAAGUUGGUGAAACGGAUGCAAUCCCAGAUGCCUGCUCAAUCGUUGAUUGAGUCAAAUCAAGCAACACCCUCGACGGCCUCAGAACCCACACAAGGGCGCACAAUUCACUUUGUGUUUUCACUUGAGCGUGGCUCCUUUAUUUUGGAAGCCGUCAACCUUCAUUUGACCUCCUCGAGCCAUGGAGCAAAAGUGUCGUUGCUCACGAGGAAACUGGCGGAUGAUUCAAUGGAUACAAGCUUGAUUCUCAGCUGCGAUUCAGUGAGCUCCAGCCUUCGCAGUCAUCAACAGAAGCUCGCAAAGCUCGUCUUAGAGAAGCCAAGUGUCUUCAUUUCCCACGAGCUACAGGCCACACAGAACACUAACUCCCAUACCAUCAAGGCAACUGCCAGUAGCCAGUAUCUUGGUUUGAUUGUCAAGCAGGAUUCCAUCAGCUUGGCUGAAGUACUUGAUCUCGUAGUCCGCGACGAAUUUGCCCAGCUCUACAAGCUGAAAGCACAGCUCCCCUCUUCAGCGCGGCCGACAUCCUCGCCUCAAAGGAUCGCCGAUCGCUUAUCGGCAUUCAGGGUGAACGUUGCCUUGUUUAUGGAUCGGUACACCAUCAGUUUGCCGCUGCUGCGCUCUCUGACCUACACAAUCCACGGCACUGUUUCCAGGGCUGCAAUGGCUGCUAACUUUGGUCGGGAAAUCAUUUUCGACUUUGAUAUCAAAGAGAACUCCCACGACAUACAAGUCAAGGUCAACAACGUUGCUCGGAGUAUUUCUCUGCUCCAGAUUCCGCCAACCAACGGCCGGAUCAGGAGUCAUAUGGAGCCAGGAGAGCAUUCCAUCAGCGUUUUUGCAUCUGUUGAAUUGGUGCAACUAGAUGCCUCUGCCGUGUACAGCCUUCUCUCAGCUUUGAACCGGCCGGAGAUUUCAAACGCCGUCAACGAACUGCAGCAGCAAGCUAGAAUGAUCCAGGACAACGUGAAAGAGGUGACCGGAGAGACGCCCGAGUUGUCCAUGGUGGUGACGGAGAAGCCCUCGACCGUUUUGACCUAUAAUACUCACCUGACUUUUGCUGGUCUCGAGGUCUUUGGGAACAGUCCCUUGAAGUCUGAGACAUCGCCCUUGGCGCACAUCUCAUUUGCGCUCGGCAGUGUUCAUCUGGGGCUCUCUAACCGAGUUGAACAGCAUGGGCCGACCCUGGCAUACCCGGAAUUCAACAUCAACCUCCGCCGUGUUGCUUUUGAGAUACAGAAAGGCAAUAUCGGGGCCAUGAACUCGUGCGGAAACGUCGCAUUUGGAGCGCUAGUAACUGCCUCGUCAAGACCUGGAGACCACGACAAAGAGAAGCGAUGUUUCCAUGUUAGAAGCGAUGCCUUUGAGGUCGACCUUUCUCCGGAUACUGUAUCCACAGUCGUGGACGUCCUAGGCUACAUGGGCGACAAGAUCAAGGAUCUAGACACCUCCCGAGAGCUCGAGUAUAUCCGGAAGCUCAGGCAAUCCAGGCCUCGGAUUGCUAUCAGUGAUGCCGAUGCACAACAAGUGGAAACCGACCUUAUCGAUGCCUUCCUGUCAUCUUUGACCUAUACAUUUGAGGUCUGCAACAUUCAAUUCGCCUGGCUGGUCAAUAAACCAGGCGAAGAUUCGCCCACGGGGAAAGAGGAUCUCGUUGUCUCUCUUCACAGAAUUGAGCUCAGUACCCGGACGAAAAAUUCAGCCAGGCUCACCAUCGAAGACUUGCAGGUUCAGAUGGUAUCCCCAGCGCAUGGCAUGAAGUCCCGCUCUCCAAACUCUGCGCUACUACCCGAGGUCAUGUUUAAUGUCGCUUACUUAUCUACACCCGGUGCACGUCGACUCGCGUUCCAGGCAGUCGGAAAGCCACUUGAUGUGCGCCUUACUUCAGGUUUCAUAAUUCCAGCUGCGCACCUGAACGACUCCAUCAGCCUGUCGCUCAGGAAUAUCCGGCAAGCCUCGCAGAAUUGGAACCCGGUUAUUUCCAGCACGCAGCCGGUAACCCUUGAACAACCACGAGUAGCACCGCGGAAAAACAUCCUUGGAGGGAAGAGACUAGAGUCCCUGCUCAUCGAUGCCGAUUUUGCAGGGGCAGUGGUGCACCUGACGAGCAGAAAGCCAAGCGAUGACUCUGCCCGGCUCGCCGGAAGGGCGGGGACGUCUGGAAACCAGGGGCAGCUUGGCCUGGACGAGAAAACAACCAACACAGCGCUGCGGUCGCCUGGCUUGGCCUUAAAACUGGAAUUCCGAGACAAUGGCAAGGAUGAUUCGUCUCUCCAUGCCGAAGUCAAGAUUGAUGCAUCCAACAACAUACUGUAUCCUUCUGUUGUUCCCCUGAUUGUGGAUAUCAGCAACAGCGUCAAGGAAGUGGUGAGCAGCCAUGAUACCCGUCACGACAAACCACAUAAACAGACUAGAGAGGUUGCUGCCAAACCCAAGCUCCCAGAGGAGGACAGCAUUCUCACCGCCGAUCCGACUACUGUUCUCGGCCAUAUGAAGCUCAACCUCGGACUGCGCAUCUGCAAACAAGAGUUUUCGCUGAGCUGCCAACCUAUUGCUCGAGUUGCGGCCACGGCCAGCUUCGAAGAUGUCUACUUCACCGUCAAUACGGUUCGCUCCGUGGAGCACGGCAACUUCUUUGCCAUCUCUGGAGCCUUCACCAACCUCCAGGCCUCAGUCCGGCAUGUCUACUCCAGAGAUCCGACGGGCAGCUUCAAGAUCCCAUCAAUCGUGCUAUCUCUAAUGAACAGCAAGCAUGUUAGCGGGACCAGCGGUUUGUCAGCCAUCCUCAAAGUCAGUCCCAUGGUGAUGUCUAUCAACGCGAAGCAAUUACAGGAUUUUAUGUUGUUUCGGGAGAUAUGGCUGCCCGGUCGUCCUGCGGGUGUCGCGUCGACAACACCGGCGGCAAAGCUAAUGACCGAAACUUCGCAAGGCCAUCUUGUGCAGCGUUAUCAGCAGGUGGCGGCAACCGCGGCCUUUCCCUGGACAGCCAGCAUCUCCAUUUCAUCGCUCCAAAUUGUGGUAGACCUCGGGCAGUCUUUGGGCAAGUCAACAUUCUCCAUCAACGACUUCUGGGUUUCGUCAAAGAAGACGUCGGAUUGGGAGCAAAACCUGUGCCUCGGCUUCAAGAUGAUUGGAGUCGAGAGCUCCGGGCGGAUGAGUGGCUCCGUGGCCCUGCAGGACUUUAAGCUGCGAACCUCGAUCGAGUGGCCCGAGCGGGAACAGGCGCUCAACGAGACACCCAUAGUGCAAGCUUCGGUUGCGUUCAGCGAGUUCAAGGCCAUGGCCGCCUUUGACUAUCAAGCAUUCCUCGUGGCGGACAUCACUUCACUGGACUUUCUCAUGUACAACGUUCGGCGCAGCCGAGACGGCAGUGGAGACCGGCUGGUAGCCAUAUUCGACAGCGAGGCGGUCCAGGUGUUUGGCACGACCACGUCGGCCGCCCAGGGCGUCGCCUUGUACCAGACGUUCCAGCGGCUGGUGCAGGAGCGCAAAGCGAACUUUGAGACAUCUCUCAAGGAGAUCGAAAAGUACUUGCAGCGGAGAUCGGUCCCAGCGACCUCGGGCGUGAUGCAGCGCCUCAGCAUUCCCAAGCCAGCCCCCGACGAUGAGCUCCACAAGGCGCCCAUCUCACUCGACACAGACGUGGUGGUGACGCUCAAAGCGCUUAAUCUGGGCGUCUUCCCCAGCACCUUCUCAGACCACCAGGUUUUCAAGAUGGAGGCGCUCAACGCACAGGCGCGGUUCGCGGCCAGCGUCACGGCAAACGGACGUAUUCACAGCAUCCUGGGCCUGACGCUCGGGCAGCUGCGUAUCGGGCUUGCCGGAGUGCGGACAAGCCCUGGGCAUAAGACGCUCAGCGAAUUGACGGUUGAGGACGUGGUGCGUAGCGCGACGGGCUCGAGGGGCGGCACCAUCCUCAAGGUACCGCAAGUCGAGGCCAUGAUGCAGACGUGGCAGCGCCCGGGAGGCGAGUCGAAGCGCAUCGAGUACAUUUUCAAGAGCGCCUUUGAGGGCAAGGUCGAGGUUGGGUGGAACUACAGCCGCAUCAGCUACAUCCGCGGCAUGUGGGCCAACCACUCCAAGACGCUGGCCCAGACGUGGGGCAGAGAGCUCCCCAACGUGACGGCCAUCCGGGUGACGGGGGUGCUGCCGGAGACGGGGGUCGUGAGCGCCGCGGGUGACAACAAGGAUAAGAAGAAAGCCGAGUCUGACUCUGGCGAGGCGGCGCCGGCGGCCGGCGCGGCGACCAACAAGAUCACUGCCGAGGUCAAGGUGCCGCAGUCCAAGUACGAGUAUGUGGCGCUCGAGCCGCCCGUGAUUGAGACACCGCAGCUCAGAGACAUGGGCGAGGCCACGCCGCCGCUCGAGUGGAUCGGUCUGAACAGGGACAGGCUGCCGAAUCUGACGCAUCAGAUUGUUAUUGUGGCUUUGUUGGAGCUGGCUGGGGAGGUGGAGGAUGCGUAUUCCAAGAUUCUGGGAUCGACGUGAUUUUUUGUUUCUUGUAGUGUUUAGGUGUGUUUGUAUGAUGCAUGGGAGACGGGAAGCAGGUUAUAGUAUAUUUGUACACGAGCUUUUUCUUGGUGUGUUGAGCUGGAGCGAAGCAUACAACGAGGGGAAAGGGGUGUCUCUGGUCUAGAGGUGUACUUGUACAUGAUUGUUUGGGUUUGAAAUCGAUGGUUUAUUCUUGGGUUUCUUUCUUCCACCUUAGGUGUCUCUCCCUUUACCUGGUGCCAGCACGACAGAUUAUGAACUUUACUUGACUUUGUCAGGUUGAUGCCAGCAG